AUGGCUAGCUAUCAAUAUUUUAGUUACAUUGAUUUAUACAAAAUCAACAAUGUAAAUUUAGAUCCCUUCACUGAAGUGUUUAAUGAUAAAUUUUACUUGAGAUACAUUUACAAAUGGCCCCACAUGAAUAUUGUCACGAAGGAGAUGGAUGAUCACAUAAGUGGGUAUAUUAUAGGAAAGGAAGAAGGAUUGGGGGAAGAGUAUCAUGGACAUGUAACUGCAUUAUCCAUUGAAGAGGACAGCAGAAGGUCAGGAAAAGGUAUAGACUUAAUGAACGAGUUUGAAAGAAUAUCAAAAGAAAUUCAUAAAGGAAAUUUUGUUGAUUUAUUUGUUAGAAUUACUAAUGAUCCAGCCAUAAACAUGUAUAAAAAGUUAGGAUAUGUAAUUAACGAGGAAAUUAUUAAUUAUUAUUGCGGUAAUGAAAGUGCUCUAGAUAUGAGAAAGUAUUUAAAUAAAAAUGGGGAGAAUACGUAA